AUAUUAUUUGAAGAGCCUUACAUAACACCGCACACUGAACCCAGGAAAGACUUGCUGUGGUUGGAGCGCUACUGUCUACCGAAAUGCUCCGUUCGGUGAUUUGUCGGACCUUUCCGCGGGUGACGGUUGCCCAGUACUCCGCCGCGGCUAUGCCUGCACCUUGCACCAAACCCGAGGUCCACUUUAACAAGCUGUUCAUCAACAACCAGUGGCAGGAUGCAGCAAGUGGGAAAACCUUCCCUACUAUAAACCCAGCAACAGGGGAGAUCAUCUGUCAUGUUGCUGAGGCCAAUGAGGCGGAUGUUGACAAAGCAGUAAAAGCAGCACGUGAUGCCUUCCGGUUGGGGUCACCAUGGAGACGGAUGGAUGCCUCCCAACGAGGCCUUCUUCUUAGCCGGUUGGCAGAUGCAGUUGAGAGGAAUUCUGCCUACCUUGCAGAACUGGAGACCCUUGACAACGGGAAGCCGUAUGCUGUUUCCUACACAAUGGAUCUGCCCUAUGUAGUCAAAUGUCUCAGGUACUACGCAGGCUGGGCUGAUAAAUGGGAGGGAAAAACCAUCCCCAUUGAUGGAGAUUAUUUCUGCUACACCAGGCAUGAACCUAUUGGAGUUUGUGGACAAAUCAUUCCGUGGAACGUUCCUCUCUUGAUGCAAGCAUGGAAACUAGGCCCCGCUCUUGCAACUGGUAACACAGUGGUGAUGAAAGUCGCUGAGCAGACGCCGCUUACCGCUCUCUAUGUAGCCAGCCUGAUAAAAGAGGUGGGUUUUCCUGAAGGAGUAGUGAACAUUUUGCCUGGCAUGGGGCCCACAGCAGGCGCUGCUAUUGCAAGACACAUGGAUGUUGACAAAGUGGCCUUCACAGGAUCCACAGAGGUUGGUCAUCUAAUCCAGCAAGCGUCAGGCAACAGUAACCUAAAAAAAGUCACACUGGAGCUUGGAGGAAAGAGUCCCAAUAUCAUCAUGUCUGAUGCAAAAAUGGAGGAUGCCGUGGAGCAGGCCCACUUUGCCUUGUUUUUCAACCAAGGCCAAUGUUGCUGUGCUGGCUCCCGGACAUACGUCCAAGCAGAUGUUUAUGACGAGUUUGUGGAACGUAGUGUGGAGAGAGCUAAGAGGCGAGUGGUGGGCGACCCCUUUGAUUUAAAGACUGAGCAGGGACCCCAGGUGGAUGAGGAGCAAUUCAACAAGGUUUUGGGUUACAUCAGCCGUGGGAAAAGAGAGGGAGCCAAACUGAUGUGUGGAGGUGGUGUGGCUGCUGACAAGGGAUACUUCAUCCAACCUACUGUGUUUGGAGAUGUUCACGACAACAUGACCAUUGCCAGAGAGGAGAUCUUCGGUCCAGUUAUGCAGAUCUUAAAGUUCAAGACACUUGAGGAGGUGGUUGAGAGAGCCAAUGAUACUAAAUAUGGUCUGGCUGCUGGCGUCUUCACCAAGGACAUUGAUAAGGCCAUCUAUAUCGGCAAUGCACUCCGCGCUGGCACUGUCUGGAUUAACUGCUAUGAUGUGUUUGGGGCCCAGGCUCCGUUUGGAGGAUACAAGACUUCAGGAAUUGGCAGAGAGAUGGGAGAGUAUGGCCUGGACAUCUACACCGAAGUCAAAACGGUGACCAUGAAAGUACCGCAGAAGAAUUCAUAAACAACCAGCUGGGGGAUAGAACGAUUCUAGUAAUCAGUUCAUCUACAGUUUAUUUCAAAAUUGAUAUAUUGGUUCCAAUAGUAAUACUUUAUAAUAUCUUUUGACUUUUCACAUCUGACAGAUUUGACGAUUCUGUUGAUCUACAUUUUAUAUACAUUUUUAUUCACAUUUUGAUUAAUGGCACAAUUGUAGUACUUGCCUAUAACUGAAAUAAUAUCCAUAUACACAGCAAUAGGUUUUGUCAUAUUUACACAGCAUUGUUCAAAAGAUGGAUUUUUUGCUCUCAAUUGGCACAAUAUGGAUUACUUGGGUCAAGAGCAACAACUAUUGAAUAUUUUCAGGUCAGAUUUAAAUGUUGAAAAUUACUCUUUGGAACAAUUAAGGAAUCAGUCUUUUUUGGGGCAAUGAGGAAAGGAGUCUCCACUGGAUUUUAGUCACUUUUUAUUGGACUUGCAACAGCACAGCACACCAAACUCACAAAGAGUGGAUGCCUGGCUGACUCUCCCGCCGAGUCUACCUAAAGCAGUGAAGUUUAUAUCACUAUCCGCCAGUUAUGUAUUUUGUUUUGGUUUCAAACUUUCUGUAGAAUGAACAGUAAAUUUUACUUCUGGUGUCUUUGUAGUGUUUAACUAAUUGGAUAGAAAGGCCAAGACAUCAGAGGAGUUACAAUACGUUGUAUAGGGGGCAGAAUUAACAAAAGAAGUUACGGUUAGGAGGAGAGUGUUGACAAGUUGGGAUAUCGGAAAGGUCAAGUUGCAGUCUGAGUUAUAUCAACACAAAUGCAACAAUUUUGAGAGGGUGACACAUUAAGGUAUCAGGUAAAUCUAAAAAGUUGACAAAAUUUUUCAGAACAAACACAAUUGCUUUCAGAGCUCAGGCAUACCAUAGAAGUUAAAUUAGAGGUGGAUGCAACAACAAGAAUUCGUCAUAUGGAUCAUUUUGUAAGGGUUAGAAAUCAUGGAAGGGUCUGAAAUAUUCAUCAUAGGUGUAUGUCCACUGUGAGAGAGAUACAGUGAAGAGAGUAAGUAUUUGAACACCUUGCUACAGUCCAAGUUCUCCCACUUAGAAAUCAUAGAGGGGUCUGAAAUUUUCAUUAUAGGUGCAUGUCCACUGUGAGAGAGAAUCUAAAAAGAAAAAUCCAGAAAUCACAAAUUUCAAUUUUUUUUAACGAUUUGUGUGAUAAAGAUGAAAAUAAGUAUUUGAACACCUGAGAAAACCAAUGUUAAUAUUUGGUACAGUAGCCCUUGUUAGCAAUUGCAGAGGUCAAACGUUUCCUGUAGUGGUUCACCAGGUUUGCACACACUGCAGGAGGGAUUUUGGCUCACUCCUCCACACAGAUCUUCCCUAGAUCAAACAGGUUUCUGGGCUGUCACUGAAAAACACAGAGUUUCAGCUCCCUCCAAACAUUUUCUAUUGUGUUUAGGUCUGGAGACUGGCUAGGCCACGACAGAACCUUGAUAUGCUUCUGACAGACCCACUACUUGGUUUUCCUGGCUGUGUACUUCGGGUCAUUUUUAUGUUGAAAGACCCAGCCACGACACUUCUUCAAUGAAGGAAAGAGGUUGUUGCCCAAAAUCUCACAAUACAUGGCCGCUGUCAUCCUCUCCUUAAUACAGUGCAGUCGUACUGUCCCAUGUGCAGAAAAACACCCCCAAAGCAUGAUGCUACCACUCCCAUGCUUCACAGUAGGGAGUGUUCACAGUGUUCUUGGGAUGGAACUCAUCAUUUGUCUUCCUCCAAAUGCGGUUAGUGGAAUUAUUUUGGUCUCAUCUGACCACAAAACUUUCUCCCAUGACCCCUCUGUAUCAUCAAAAGGGUCAUUGGCAAACUUAAGUGCUGGUUUAAGCAGAGGAACCUUCCGUGCCAUGCAUGAUUUCAAACCAUGACGUCUUAGUGUAUUACCAACAUUCACCUUGGAAACGGUGGUCCCAGCUCUUUUCAGGUCAUUGACCACUUCCUGUUGUAUCGUCCUGGGCUGAUUCAUCACCUUUCUAAGGAUCAUUAAGACCCCACGAGGUGAUAUCUUGCAUGGGGCGCCACUCCGAUUGAGAUUGACAGUCAUAUCUUUAGCUUCUUCCAUUUUCUAAUGAUUGCUUCAACAGUGGACCGUUUUUCACGAAGCUGGUUGGCAAUUUCUCCAAAGCCCUUUCCAGCCUUGUGGAGUUGUGCAAUUUUGUUUCUGGUGUCUUUGGACAGCUCUUUGGUUUUGGCCAUGUUACAAGUUCGAGUCUUAGUGAUUGUAUGGGGUGGACAGGUGUCUUUGUACAGCUAACGACCUCACACAGGUGCAUCUGAUUCAGGAUAAUACAUAGAAUGGAGGUGGACUUUUAAAGGCGGUCUUUGAGGGUCAGAAUUCUAGCUGAUAGACAGGUGUUCAAAUACUUAUUUGCAGCUGUAUCACACAAAUAAAUCAUUGAAAAAAUCAUUCAUUUUUUUUCUUUUUUCUCUUUAGAUUAUUAUGCACCUACGAUGAAGAUUUUGAACCCCUCCAUGAUUUCUAAGUGGGAGGACUUGCCAUAUAGCAGGGUGUUCAAAUACUUAUUUUCUUCAGUGUAAUCUAAAAAGAAAAAUUAAUCUAAUCUGACCUUGCCUUGUGAUUUUGCCCAUGCUCUUUUCCUCAUUUUUUUGGACACUGUUGCCUCCUGUGUACUAACUUUUUGUCUGCAUUUAAAACCUUCUGUUGCUGCAACUUGUCAUUAGUCUUGCAUUUGGGUCCUCUCCUCUGUUUUGCCCCUAAUGAACUAGCCAUAACAUGGACUCAGCAGACUGACCCGAUACGUAACGCCCUCCAGGCUCAAGGAUGAUGCAUCACACAGCAGGACAAACAUAUUGCUGCCCUUAGUCAUCAAGUGCAGGGAUUAUUGCGACAACAGGACGCCUUGAUGAGGCGGUUUGGGAGGCAUGUCGGUCUGAUAGAGAAAAGGGAGGUCGCUGGCGGAACUUUCAAUGCCUUACGUUGCCACAACCUCCCUGCGAGCCAUUUGCCAUCCACAACUUGCCGCUGCGGCUUGGCCACAGCUCUCACCACCUGAGAUGUUCUCGAGAAACUACGGGAGCAUCAAGCCAUUCAUUGCACAGUGUGAUCUCCACAUUGAGUUGCAGGCUGCAGCUUUCCCCACCAAGCGGGCGAAGAUCACUUUCGUCAUCUCCCACCUGACUGGCUGUGCGGAGGCGUGGGCUACUACAGAACGGACUCGGAACUCGGUCACAUGUCACUCUCUACUUUGUUUGUGAAGACUAUGGAGCAGAUAUUCCAGUAUUCCAUGCCUGAGCGUGAGGCUGCAAACUCGCUUAUCACAUUGCAGCAAGGCAACUGCAGGGUGCAGAACUUUAUAUGCAUCCUUGCAAUCAAGAGUCAGUGGAACAACAGGGCGCUUCUUGACGCAUUUGUUCAGGGGCUAUCCCCCUCCAUAAAGUGUGUCAGCGCACGCCGGGAGAACGAGCUUCGGGGAUAAAUUGCAUAGGGGCAAGAUACCGAUUAUCAGCCAGUUGCCAGUGCCAUUCCGGAUGAACCGUGGAACUGGGCAGGUUCCACUUCUCUCCUGAGAAAUGCCAACACCAGCUGAAGGUGGACCGGUGCUUCUACUGCAGCCAGUUGGGGGACAUUGUGGGCAACUGUAAUGCCAAAGCUAUGGGUGCUUCCUACAGGAACACCACAAUGGUGAGUCUGAACCUUGUCUAAAAAGAUCUUGCCCAAGCUCACCCCCUAGUGACAUUAUGCUCGCCAGACCAAGAAACUCCAUUCAUUGACUCUGGGUCUGAUCCUAAUUUACUCAACUCACUCCUCAUCAAGAACAUCCGUUUAGGAACAUUUGAAGAAAAACGCCAGCGCCUUCAUCGCCGAUGGUAGUUUUUGGGGCAUAAUCAUCCACCGCACCCACACACUCACCAUGUCAUUCCCAGACUCCCACUGAGCGAAUUAGCUUCCAUGUUUUUGACGCCAUUAAAUGUGACCUUAUGUUAUGGAACCCAUGCCUGAAAUUACGUAACCCUCACAUUGGCUGAUCCCCAGGAAGGGUUAUGUCAUGGGGCAGUAGUUGUGCACGGACCUUUUCAGGCUACCAUGUGACGUUAGGUGUAUUGCCCCUAAAGAAGUGCCCUUGGGGGGACCCUGAUUUGUCUCUAGUAUCCGCCAGUUACCAUGACUUAAGCCACGGGUCCCCAACCACCAGGCGCCGGACUGGGACCAGUCUGUAGAUCAUUUUGUACCGGGCCGCAAAGAAUGAAUAACAAAUGUUUUUUCAUCGGGCAGCACCGUGGAGCAGUUGUAAAGCAUUGGCCACACAGUUCUGAGGACCCGGGUUCAAUUCUGUCCCCGCCUGUGUGGAGUUUGCAUGUUUUCCCCAUGCCUGCUUAGGCUUUCUCCGGGCACUCUGGUUUCUUCCCACAUCCCAAAAAUAUGAAAUGAAACAUUAAAUGGACACUCUAAAAUGCCCAAGGUGUGAUUGUGCGUGUGACUGUGGUCUCUCUCCAUGUGCCCUGUGAUUGGCUGGAAACCAGUUCUGUCAUGAUCCUGGCAGUCCAGCCCUGGCUGUGCGGGUGCCCGCGCGGUCGCACUGAUUGGGAGGCGCACACCUGCGCCUUAUGCUGGCUGAUUCGCCCCGGUGUAUAUAGGACCAUGGGGACGACUGGUCCGGCGCCAGAUCGUUGCGGUUCAUGCCCCGUUCCAGCACUCCCGUAUCUCUGAUCGUUUUCCCGUGUGUACCGACCUCUGCUUGUUCUCCGACCGACCCCGUAAGCCUGACUCCUUUGAUAUUCCUGCCUGCCUUGAUCGAUCUCCUGUGUACCGACUCCUGCCUGCCCACGGACCUGCACUCCACGCCCGACGUCCUGACUACCACUGCUGCACCUGACUGCCUGCCCGAUCCCUGACCUUGGAAUAAUAAACGUUUUUCCCGAAUUAUCUCUGAGUCUCCCGACUCCUGCAUUUGGUUCCUACCUCCGUUUCGAUGGGUCGUGACAAAUUCAUGGUGUACCCUGCCACCUGCCCAAUGACAGCGACCCUUGUGAGGAUAAGCAGUGAAGAAAAUGGAUCGAUGGAUGUUUUUUCUUUUGGGUGUCUUAUUUUGAAAGACAACUACUUCUACCCUCACCUCAUUUCUGCGCCUGACUCUUUGGCACUUCUUUUUCUUGCAUCCCCAAUCUAAGCUACCCCUCGUAAAAUGAACCAGAAAUGGUUCACUGGAGAGUUUCAUUGGAAACGGUAAACAAGACAACGAUGAGACGACAGGGUUCACAGACUGCCUGCAAAAAGAAAGCUGCAUUUAAAAGAAAAUACAAAGAUUCCCUUGUGCAUAGUGGAGGCUUCAAUGAUGCACAUCUUAUCACUUCAUGGGAUAAAGCCAAUCCUGCUCUUAUUGGUCGAUGUCACGCCGGGAACCAAUCACCCACUUUGUAUCAAUGUGUCUUUCCGCAAAAUGCCAAUCUGGCUGUAUUUUUUUUUAAUUAAUAAAAUUCCGCAAAGCAGUCAUUAAUUGUGCCUUGCUGGUUCGUUGUACCUCGAUGUCAUGCUUCCAUAUUCCUCGUUCCACGUUUUUGACCUUGCCUUUUGCCUUACGUUUUGGAUACUGUUGCCUUUUGGACUGACCACUUGUGGACCAACCUUUUGCCUGCCAGUAAAACAUUCUGCUCGUACGACAACUUGUCACGAGUCUUGGAUUUGGGUCCUCUCCCAUUUUCUGCUCCUGACAAAAAGACCGUCAACAUGAGGUUGUGUAAAUAAGUGAAUGGUUUUAAUGUAGUCUGGAAAACAAAGGACUUUCCUCUGUUGGGUAAUAGCUUCCUCAGCAGUUUUUGUCCAAUAGAUGCCAAUGACAGUCAUUUAUGCAUAAUUACAGAUACAGAACCUGCAAUAAUUUGACAUGCCCAAAAGUAACAUCUGUUCCAUCAUUGGACUGUUCAUCUGACGUUUGGGAGUUUGAAAUUAUAUCUAAGGAACUACACGGCAACGAGACUUACAAUGACAAGAGGGAUCCUCGCGUGUUUGAUGGAGAACUUUCCCAGAUGUUCAUUUUGUAUACAGAAGAUAAGGACUUUAAUGGAUUUGUGGAUGAGGAUUAAUCGAAAAAUAACAUAUGUACAUUGUUAAAUAGUUCAAUAAAGUCUAACCAAACUCACUGUUUUCAUUGUUAAAUAUUUGAAUAAAGUGCAACUGAACUCA